AUGGGGCUGAUGGAAAUGGGUUUUAUUGGCUUAUUUUAUAAGGCGGAGCGGGCCUUCCCGGUGACGCUGCUGCCGGGGGACGGCGUGGGACCGGAGCUGAUGCACUCCGUCAAGGAGGUCUUCAAGGUGGCGGGCGUGCCGGUGCAGUUCGACGAGCACCACCUGAGCGAGGUGCAGAACAUGGCCUCGGAGGAGAUCCUGGAGCAGGUGCUGGAGUCCAUGGAGAAGAGCAAGGUGGCCCUCAUCGGGAAGAUCCACACCCCCAUGGAGUACAAAGGGGAGCUGGCCUCCUACGACAUGAGGCUCAGGCGCAAGCUUGACCUCUUUGCCAACGUGGUUCACGUCAGCAGCCUGCCUGGCUAUAAAACUCGGCACAACAACUUGGACCUGGUCAUCAUCCGUGAGCAGACGGAGGGCGAGUAUAGCUCCCUGGAGCACGAGAGCGCAAAGGGGGUCAUUGAAUGCCUGAAGAUCAUCACGCGGGCCAAAUCCCAGCGCAUCGCCAAGUUUGCCUUUGAUUUUGCCACCAAGAAGGGGAGGAACAAAGUCACUGCGGUACACAAGGCCAACAUCAUGAAGCUGGGGGACGGACUCUUCCUUCGCUGCUGUGAGGAGGUGGCUGAGCUGUACCCCAGGAUCACCUUCGAGACCAUGAUCAUAGACAACUGCUGCAUGCAGCUGGUGCAGAACCCUUACCAGUUUGACGUCCUGGUCAUGCCCAACUUGUACGGCAACAUCAUCGACAACCUGGCAGCCGGCCUGGUGGGCGGGGCCGGUGUGGUCCCGGGGGAGAGCUACAGCGCGGACUUUGCCGUGUUCGAGAUGGGUGCCCGCCACCCCUUUGCCCAGGCGGUCGGGAGGAACAUCGCCAACCCCACGGCUAUGCUGCUCUCCUCGGCCAACAUGCUGCGGCAUCUGAACUUGGAGCACCACUCCACCAUGAUUUCCGAUGCGGUGAAGAAGGUGAUCAAAGUGGGCAAGGUGCGAACGGCGGACAUGGGAGGCUACGCCACCUCCAAUGACUUCACCCGCGCCGUGAUCACCGCUCUGGCUGACUAGGAGGCAGCUCCAGGCCGCUCGGUUUUUCUUCCUUUACUCCUAGUUUGUUGUAACUUCCCAGAUGCAUGUAAUAAAAGAGGCCGCUGGCUCCGUUACAAGA